CGGAUAUUUUAUUCCUCCGAAAGAGUCAAAGACAGAAGGAAGGAAGGACCCUGACUCCCUGAACCCUGUCAGCCGCUCCUGCCGUGUCAGAAUCUUCUCCCCCCCGUUUGCUCCUUCCUUGUCCUUGUCCGUCCGACGUCCGCAUUUCUUCGUCUCCAGCGGCGAAUUCCAACCAGGACGUCAGCCCAUGAUUACUGAGUGGCCAGUCUGUUCACACCCAACACGACAACUUUAUAUCAACACAGCCCUCUCUCUCACUCAAUCGUUCUACUCUUCUGCAUCCUCCAACAUUCGUUUGACCUCUUGUACAGCCGUGGUAUGAUUUUCUCGACUUCUGCCCUCCUAUAACCCUAAACAACCAUCACCAUCCAUCAAGUGUUCGCCAGCAUGCGCUUACAACAUGCCUCUCGAUUCUUCCUGGCCUUCCACCUCUUCCUAAACCCUCGAUGUGUACGAGCCGAACCACAAUGCGCUAUCGAUCCCAAUUCCAUCGUCUCCGACGCCUGUACUUCAUAUUCUGAUCUUGAGAAACUAAAUACCCAGUUGGCCCCCGCUUUGGAGGAUUUGACACAACAUACCGAUUUCUUUGCCUAUUAUCGCCUCAACCUGUACAAUAAAGUUUGUCCCUUCUGGAGUGAUGAGAACUCCAUGUGCGGCAAUCGUGCCUGUGCCGUCGAAACUAUAGAGGAUGAAAGCGACAUUCCUCUGAUCUGGCGAGCAGAAGAGUUGAGUAAACUCGAGGGUGCUCAUGCCAAACACCCUCCUAGGGCUAUUCGACGAGAAAGGCCCAAAGAUCGUCCUUUGCAGUAUCAGUUGGGCGAAGGUGUUGAUGAGAGUUGUGUCCUUGAAGACGACGAUGAGUGUGAUCAGCGAGAUUACUGUGUGGCUGAGGAUGAAGGCGCAGCUGCAAAAGGUGACUAUGUCAGUCUGGUCAACAAUACCGAAAGAUAUACUGGCUACUCGGGCAUGGGCGCUCGUCAGGUCUGGGAGUCCAUUUACAAAGAGAACUGCUUCUCGGCAAAAUCCCCUCAACAUGCCUCUCUUCGAUCCAAACCCCUGGAGGCGGCUCAAAAUCUCAGGAAUGUCUUUCAAGAAUAUGGUCGACAAAAUGUAGACACCGCGGAUGAUUUGUACCCCUUGGACGACGAGUGUCUUGAACAACGAGCAUUCUAUCGUAUCGUCAGUGGCAUGCAUGCGUCCAUCUCUACCCAUCUGUGUUGGGAAUUCUUCAACCAAUCCACAGGAGAAUGGGUCCGAAAUUUGGAAUGCUACAAGCAACGUCUCCAUGGAUUUCCCGAGCGUGUUUCCAACGUCUACUUCAAUUAUGCCAUUCUCACCAGAGCCAUUGCCAAGGUGAGAAAACAUCUCGAGACCUAUACUUUCUGUUCUGGAGAUGUGCAACAAGACUUUGAAACAAAACAAAAGGUGCUUGAGCUGGCCGACCGGGCUGCAGCCAGCGGCAACACGUUUGAUGAGUCUCUUAUGUUCCAGGACCCCUCAGUCAUCGACCUCAAAGACGAUUUCAGAAACCGAUUUCGAAAUGUCUCACGCCUCAUGGACUGCGUCGGUUGCGACAAGUGUCGUCUGUGGGGUAAGGUCCAGACUGCGGGUUAUGGGGCCGCCUUGAAGAUUCUUUUUGAAUAUGACGAAACAAAGAACGGCGAGAAUCCUCACCUCCGAAGGACUGAACUUGUUGCUCUGGUCAAUACUCUUGGUCGGGUGAGCCACAGUUUGAACGCCAUUCAACGGUUUCGGUACGCUCUCAAUACCGGAGAUCAUAGCGUCCUUUAUUCUGAUGAUCCACUUCCUGCAACACCAACACCAGGCUCAAAAGCCCAACCAGAAGAGAAAAGCAUAUCUGAUGACGACGGACAGGAUGAGGAUAUAUCAUAUAAAAAGCCCCCUCCUCCAUCAAGGUCGGUAUGGGAAGAGAUCAAAACCGAAUGGAACUUGGUAUGGCGGACAUACUUUAUGGUUCUCCGAACCUGGUGGGAAAUGCCAUUCAAGUUUUCAGGCAUUGCAGUCAUGGAGCUCAACCGAUUAUGGAGUUUCUGGCUUGGUUUACCGGUUCCUCCUCGAUCAUGGGAUUGGCAUUUCCCAUCCAAAGAUGAAUUGUAAACUAGUAAAGGGGUGUGAAAAGGAAUAUGCCUAUUUGGAGCGUCCGAGGUUCAAAUGUUUAUGUAUACAUGAUAAGAGAGCAUGGCGGGUAGCAUGACUGGGUAUUAUGUGAUGCAUGGAAUGGCGUUACAGUAAGAUGGUGUUUUGUCUUGAUACAUUUGGUCUAGAAUCAAAUUGACAAUGAGAUUAGAUUCAUGAUUAAGAUA